GCCAUUGCCAGGCAACUCCCCGGCUUGCCCGGGGGGACGCGCACCCACACUCAUCCACUCCCCACCUCCGCUGCCCGCCCUGUGCGCGCUCGCGCGCCCCUUUUGCGCCCCUCCCCUCUCCUCCACUCCGCCCCACCUCUCUCCUCGCCCCCUUCUGUCUUCGAGGUGUCCUCGCCUCCCCACCGCCGCCUCGUCAUCUCCUCUGCUGCAGCCUGGGCCUUUUUCGCAGCCAGGUAGCCCGGGCGCUUUCCAAGAGAUCACACGUGGCCGCUUGCCACAUAUGCUGGAUAGUGCCGGUCCCUUCGUGUGAGACCCCUGGCUGCCCCAUCCUCCCCGCCUCCCACUUCCCUCCCUUUCUAUCUCCUCUCCCGGGCUCUCCUUGUGAUCUGUUUCAGAGGAGAAGGCCACUCUGAAAGCCGGCGGUUGUCAUGAGUGACCACUCCGAUCUGGACAGUGCCGAUGAGUAUCCAUCCAAGCGCCCCCGCCUCUCUCUGGGUGAUCCGCGCCAGGCUCCGGCCCAGUUGGCCGGGCUUCGGGGAUUACUUGGCGGGCUGCGCCCGUCGGUUGACCCUGCCCCGGGUAGCUCAGCUCCUCCUAUUGUCUUUCUCUCGGGCGCCAGCCCAAUGCCCCCGACACAAACCCCUCCCUCGGGACCCUCGGCUCGUGACCUCCUGUCGCUGGCUGCAGCUGCCUCAACAACCGAUGUCCCGGCUGGCAGUCCCCUUCUGAUGACCACCGGUUCCAAUGCCCCCAUCACAGCUCUUGGACCAUCCUUCCAAGGCUUAUCGGCUCGGACCCCGGCCUCCAGCACCGGUCUGGGCAAUGCCCUGGCCGGGCGCCUGCCCUUCUCACUUGGUCGGACAUCUGCAUCGCCGACCGUCGCAACCUCCUCUUCCCCCCCGGUACCAGGAGUGGGAAUUGGCGCUUUUGGCCGAGCCCCUCCGGCGGCCAUGGCACGCCUGGCACCUCUAUCCCUCUCAUCCAUGGCUCCCACUACCCCGUCAGCCAGCAUGGCUGCCGAAGGUGGUGAUCGUGGCAAAGGCACCAGCCCCCUCCUGGGAUCUACCCCGGGAUCUGACAGCCAGUCUGGCGUAUCCCCUCUGAUGCCGGCGAUUCUGCCGGCCCCCAGUCCCUCCACCCCGGGGAGCAUCCACUCUUCGCCCCUGGCGACUCCGCCUCCGGGAGUCCUGCUCCCUUCACCUGGCGAGCCGAUCCCCCCCGCCGGAGCCUUGCCCCCGACGCCCACUGAUCCGGCGGUUUUGCCGGCCACCGGGAUGGUGGCCAUCAAAAGUGAGUUCCCGGCCUCUGGUGGCAGUGCUGACGGCCUGCUCAGCGGCAAUUUGACCGACCUUGGCAUGGAUGUCCUCCCUUUGGCACAAGUGCUGUCGCUGUCGGGAAGAUCCCUCCUCGAGCCGGGGAUACCUUCGACGGGGCCGGCCUCAGCCGCCAAGAUCAAGUCUCUGCCCACCUCGCUGGCUGAGGCCACGGUCCUGUCGCCGUCAGUCGCCACAGCGGAUGGCCCAUCCUCAAUGCGGCCGGGUCUCGGCGCGUCGCUUGCAGCUCGGACACCGGACACCUCGUCGCCUUUGUCAGCCCCGUCCCCCGGUCCGGCCGGCCUCAGUCCGGGUCUUGGUGCCAGCAUCCCCAGCCCCGGGCCGGGUCGCAGCUCGGUGUCACCAUCUCCCAUGGCCACUUCGGCCGCGGCUGCCGCUGCGCUGUGCACCACCCCUUCUGGAACGUCUGGGGACUCGUCCCUCCUGGCAGAUGGCGUGACGCCGGACUUCCCCCCGCCGCCGGUGCAACGGCUCCGCACUGGUGGCCGGGCCGCCAGCUCCAGCCCGGCCACCAUGUUUACGCCUGGCACCCUGUCCCCGCGUAGCUCGCCGGCGGUCUUCCCGGUGGAUUUCUGCCCGGCCGGCCCGGCAUGCAAGCUGCUCCUGGCCGUUGGAACCCCAACCUCCCGGCGGACCCCAAAGCCCCGGAAGUCCCGAGCCAAGGAGUUCGUCUGGCCCCCAACGAAGCCUCCUCCCCCGCCACCACCCCGGGCGAAGGAUGCUCCCAAGAGCCGGCUGCUGAUCCGAAAUGAGGUGACCGGCGAGGAGGUCAUUGCCCAUGGGAUAGGCAACAAGUACUUUCGUGCGACCGAUGUGGACGCCGAUCCGGAGGGGGUCGUCUACAAGAGUGACAUUGCCCCGCUGCGGCCCAACAGUCCGGCCGGAUCGCUGCCCCCCUCACCUGGGUUUGCCUGUUUGGCCUCCUCCUCCUCCUCCUCCUCCUCCUCGGCCUCUCCUUCGCCCUGCUCGUCAUCCCCCUCGCCGAGCCCCUCGCCUGCCUCAUCUCCCUGUCCAGCGGGCGGCGAGUCGCCGGCUGCUUCUCCUUCACAAAUGCUGUCUCCUGCCAGCGCCGGCGCUGGCACUCCUAACACCGGCAGCGGCAUGGGCCCUGGCCCUGGUGCCGACAGUGCAAAAACCCCAGGCACUCCGGAAUCCCUUGCCGAGGACCUCUGCCCGCACGUGGUCGGCAUCGAGCGCCGGUGGGAUACCCUUGAGCACAAUGGCGUGGUUUUCCCGCCUGCCUACAUUCCUCACAAUGUUCCACUCAUCUACGAUGGCCAGCCGAUCUCUCUGGACCCGAUGGUCGAGGAGGUGGCCACCUUCUUCGCACUGGAGCUGAACACCGAGUACGGCCAGAGCGAGGUCUUCCAGCGGAACUUCUUCCGGGAUUUCCUGACCGUCCUUCGGGACUCGGAGGAGGUCCUCCAGCGGAAGUAUCCCAUCUCUCAGUUCGAUCUGUGUGACUUUUCACGCAUCCAUCAGCAUGUGAUGGCCGAGCGCCAGGCGCGGGCCACGCGAAGCCCCGAGGACCGGGCCCGCGAGCGCGAGCGUCGCGAUGUCGAGGCCGAAACCUACGGCUGGUGCCUGCUGAAUGGCCAGCGCGAGCCGGUGGGGAACUUCCGCAUCGAGGCUCCUGGGCUGUUCAAGGGCCGCGGCAACCACCCACGCACUGGCACCCUCAAGCGACGCAUCUACCCGGAACAGGUCAUCAUCAACAUCAGCGAAGGGGUGCCUGUGCCACCGCCGCCCGUUGGCCAUCGUUGGGGCAAGGUGAUUCACAACCCGAAUGUCUCGUGGCUUGCCGCCUGGACCGAGAACAUGACCGGCACGCUGAAGUAUGUCUGGCUUGCGCAAAAGUCCUCGGUGCGCGGUCGCAACGACCUGACGAAGUACGACUUUGCCCGGGGGCUCGGGGCGCACAUCGAUCGCAUCCGGAAAUCCUACACUCGGGAGCUUCGGGCAUCGGACUAUUCCAAGCGCCAGCGCUCGACCGCCCUCUACUUCAUCGAUCGGCUGGCUCUGCGUGUGGGUGCGGAAAAGGACACCGAGGAGCAGGCCGACACGGUGGGCUGUUGCUCACUGCGUCUUGAGCAUGUUACCCUUCGGGCGCCGGCCACGGUGGUGCUGGACUUCCUUGGCAAGGACUCCAUGCGCUACUUCAACGAGGUGACCGUCACUCCGCGUGUCUUCCAAAAUCUCCAGGAGUUCAUGACCACCCCGACGAAAAAGGGUCCCAAGGGGCCUGGGGAUCUGCUUUUUGAGACCCUGACGCCGGCCAUCAUCAACACCAAACUCUCCACCUACCUCCCCGGGCUCACGGCCAAGGUCUUCCGCACAUUCAACGCCACAACCACCUUCGAGCGGGAGUUGGAGAAAAACACGCAAGAGCUUCUGUCACAAAGUCGGGCAUCUCGGCGGGAGCCUACCGUGGCGGAACUGGUGCUGGCCUACAGCCAAGCCAACCGCGAGGCAGCGAUCUUGUGUAACCACCAGCGUACCGUGCCCAAAGCCAUGGAUUUGGCCCUACAGCGGCAGGUGGAUCAGCUGCUGGUGCUGCGCUACCGGCGCCGGCGUCUGCGCCUUCUGGCCUACGAGCAGGUGGGCGUCCGUGCGCGCAUCGACAAAUACCUCCAACGCCCGGAGGAGGACUUCACCGAUGCCGAUGUUCCCCGAGCCGAGGCCCUGCUUCGGGAGGAGGCCCAGCGCCGGGAGAAUACCCCCUCCAAGGAAACCCCCUCCCCGGCACCGGCAGAGCCUGGCACGGAAGAGGAUCUCGGCGCCAUCGGUCUCCCUGGACCCGAGGCCACGCUGGAGGACUUUGUCAAGGUGGCCAUUCCAUUGAAUCAAAAAAUCGAGCGCAUCCGCCUGGAUGUGGCCACCAAGAUGGAAGGCCGCCAUGCAUCUCUCAGCACCAGUAAGGCCAACUACCUGGAUCCGCGGGUGACGGUGGCCUGGAGUCUGCGCCACGGCGUGCCGCUGGACAAGGUUUUCCCCAAGACCGUACGCGAGCGCUUCGCCUGGGCCACCGACCGACCGGAUCGGGAGUUCAAAUUCUGAAACCGCGGGCCCGUGUCGGGGAGAGCCGCUCUCCUUCCCGUUGUGCGAGUGCAUUCGUGCUUGCGCGGGCAAAGAAAGGCACACCCACAUCCUGUUCAUGUGAUGACCGAAUACAUUUUCACAGAGACCUCCGUGUGCAAUAUCCACUGCCACCGGUCGUGUCCCGCCCUCUGCC